AUGAAGUUUGCCAUUGCCACCGCUUUUCUCGCUGCUUGCGCCAGCGCUGUUGAGAUGAAGGCUUGCAGCAAAACCAACAUGGGCGGUUCUUGCACUGCCAAGACUUCCAUGGGCUCCCAGUCGGGCAGCUGGAACUCGUACAACUUCCGUGCCUCCAGCAACCGCUGUGUUCGUGUCUGCAACGGCUGCAGCAGCCUUGGCUACCGCUGCCAGACCUAUUCCAACAACAACAUCAAGUUUACAAAGUUCAUCAUCUUUGACUGGGCUGGCGGCAACGGCCCCGACUCUACCACUUGCUGCUAG